AAAUCAGCGUGCCUUGGAUAAAGUCCACUGGGAGCAGAACGCCAGGGUUUGAGGGAGAGUUCAAUUUUAGAGUGGAUGCUAGUGCUUCACCAGUCCACUGGGUUCUUUCAUUAGACGUCACUUGCAGCUCUCCACUCAGUGAAUGCGCCUUUCCCAGAGGACAAUCCUCGGGCACUGGUUGUAGCCAUGGAUUUGCUCCACAGUUGGGGAGUGAGCCUGGCUGUCUACCUGCAGACAGAAUACCACCACUAUGAGAGCUGGUUUCACCUGGCUUCCACUGUGGCUGACUUACAUGCUACCUUCUUUUUUUUCUUUCCUAUCUGGUUCUACUUGAACAGGAAUGUGGGUAUCAAACUCAUCUGGGUAGCUGUAAUUGGGGAUUGGUUCAACCUAAUCUUAAAAUGGGUUCUCUUUGGAGAGAGGCCUUAUUGGUGGGUCCAUGAAACUAAAUUUUAUGGCUCUGGUGUGGUUCCUUCCUUAAAACAGUUUCCUAUUACGUGUGAGACUGGACCAGGAAGUCCGUCCGGUCAUGCUAUGGGCUCUGCCGGGGUGGGCUACGUGAUGAUCACAGCCAUGCUAUCCAUGGCUGCCCAGAGAAAACCCUCUAACCUGAUCUAUAGCUGUACUGUGAGGGGACUUUUUUUUUUUUUAAUCUUAAAUUGCAGGUCUUUACAGCUGGUGCUGUUGGCUCUGUUUGGUAUGGUGGAAUUAGUAAUCUGCAUGUCCCGUGUCUACAUGGCAGCCCACUUUCCACACCAAGUUAUGAGUGGAGUUAUCGCAGGCAUACUGGUGGCUGAGACAUUCUCCCGAGUGCAGUGGAUAUACACAGCCAGUCUGAAGAAGUACAUGAGCAUGACCCUGUUUUUGCUCACUUUUGCUGUGGGCUUCUACGUGUUGCUGAAGGCCGUAGGUGUGGAUCUGCUCUGGACUCUGGAGAAAGCACAGAGAUGGUGCGUGAACCCUGCAUGGGUCCAUAUGGACUCCACACCCUUUGCCAGCCUCCUGCGAAACAUGGGUACACUGUUUGGUCUGGGAUUGGCUCUCCACUCAACCCUGUAUACUGAGAGCAAGAUGAACAGCACUGUUCCCUUCAAGACAAGCUGCAUUAGCAUCUCGCUCUUACUGCUGUGGUUUCUGGACGCUUUGACCUUUUCUUCAAAAAAUGAAAUACUUUUCUACCUGUUGUCUUUUUGUAAGAGCGCUCUUGCCCCGCUGAUUCCCACCAUGCUUGUUCCUGGAGGAUUUCUGUGGCUCUUUCACAACAACAAAAAUGAAAAGAACUUAUAGGAAUUUACCAAAUUGUGCAAAACAGUGAGAAACAGAAAAAAAUGACUUGGAUUUACUUCCCCAGCGUGUUUAAUACUGUUGCAGAAGUCUAAUGGUUAUUUUAAAAAGCAAUCAUUUUACUGUUAACACUCAGAUGAAUAGCGCCCGGUUAGCUUUACUAAGCUGUGUCUUUAUCUCUUGUCUUCUUUCUGAAAUACUACCAUCCCUUAUUUUGUCCUCUGCUGUUGUGGUUGAUGUUUCUCUAGUUAUAUUUCUUAGGAAAAUUAUAUUUCUUUAGAACAUUGUGUCUUUUUUUUUGUAAAAAAUUACAUUAAAGACCCUCCACCCACA